UCUCCCGACACGCUCGCUUAUCCCUUCCCUUUCCCCAAUACAUCUUGACCCAGCAUUUUCUGAUCGUUAUGUCUGGUUUCGAGGUUGUGGGCGUCGUGCUGGGUGCCAUCCCACUGGUAUUAUCCGCUUUGAAUGCCUGCAAGAGCACCAAGAAAACCAUUCGGCUGAUCAGAAAGAAAGAUGUCCUUUUGGACCAAUUGAUUCAGUCAUUGCGAGAGCAAGAAUUCUUGAUCCAGACCGACAUCUGCUUGGCACUCAAGAAGACAGAUUUGACGGAGACAGACAUCAUUGAUAUGCUUAAUGACACUGGUUUCAACAUGUUUCAAACGGAUGCGCUUCGAGAUCAUAUGGGGCUCGCAUCAAUCUUCUACACGGCUACGGUCGCGGAAUGCGAGGGGAUUCUGCAAGAUAUCGUUGCCAGGAUCAGUGGAUUGGUAUCCACCCCCCAGUGCGGCCACGAGGCCCUUUCCACCCUCAUCGAGAAUCAACCCAGCAAGGAUGGCUAGUUUGAGUUCACCAAGAGAAUCAAGUUCAGCAUUCGAAGUGACGAGUUGAAGGCGCAGAUCCGCAGCCUCGAUGAGGGGACGAGAAAAUUGACUCACCUGAGGGAAUCCGGCGCAGAAAGGCAGCAGCAUGUCACCACCAAGCCUACGUCACGAACGGCAACAAGAAUUACAGCAGCAUUCAGCUCCGUGAAUAGCCAUGCACGAAUUCUCUUUUCGGCCGUCUCCCGCGGUCCUCUAUCCGCUUGCCAUUCUCACCAUGAGGUCAGACUUUUUCUGCAAACAAGAUCAUCAGCAAUAAACACGAAGACACCAAGAAGACUCAAUUUUCACCACCUGUUAAUUUCA